UAAUUUAUAACAAUGGUAUCUGUGGCGGCGGCCGGUCGCCCGUUCUGAGUGAGGCCAGUCCGCGAAGGGGCGUCGAUGUGGUUAUACGUGAGCCCAGAACACGACCGCGAGUUCGCUUCGCGAGUGUACAAUUUGAUAACAAACGCGAUUUAUUGUUAAGGAAUUUUGAAAACUUGAAUUUUUUUAUCAUUGUUACCUGUGACCAUGAAAGUUUUAGUGGUGUUUUUGGUUUUUGCGGCGUCCGCGGCCGCAGUCUCCGGCGCCGCAACCUCGUGCGCCCCGUCUGAAGAUUUCUUCUCUAGACACAACAUAUCAGCUGAUGAUCGCAACAUACCAGGUUCAGUAUGUGGAGGCCAGUGCUGCGGGCGAGGGAGAGAAACACAGCUAAGAAAUGUUCUCCGACGAAGAGCAGAGCAGCGCGUUGCGACUGCAUUGAGGCCCAUCACGGAGCUACUACUAGCCACAAAAAGAACGUUGCAAGAACACCUAACAGCGUUAUCAUAUCAGUCGCAGAACAAGACUGCCAUAUUCUUCACUCAGCUGUACAAAAGCCACGCGAUACGAGCGCAGGCGCCGCUCGCCGCGCUGUACGACGAUAUAAGAAUACUUCUCAAAUCAAACUCAGAUGAAGACAACGGAGACGAACUGGGCACUCCAUCACCUAAGGACUUGACUAUAAGUGCUAACAAGUUCUUUCGGGAGGUGUUCCCGAUCGCGUACCAAAACGUGCUGAAGUUAGACAUGAAGCAGUUCACGCCGGAGUAUGAAGCGUGUUUGAAGGACGCGUAUGACGCAGUCCAGCCAUUUGGAGAUGUUCCACAACAGCUUGGCGUCUCAUUAUCACAGUCGCUGGAAGCAGCACGGGCGUUACUCCAAGUGCUGGUGGUGGGAGCAGGCGCGCUGUCUACCACCGAGCGUGUUCUCUCCUCCUCAAAUGAAGAGUGCUCCACCAAGCUGCUGCGGAUGGGCGGCUGUUCCCGCUGCAAAGGCUUCGACACGAGCCCUUGUAGGAAUUACUGCUUGAAUGUUGCGAGAGGGUGCAUAGGCUCCCUGGUGGUGGAGCUGGACGCGCCGUGGGCGGGCUACGUGGAGGGCGUGGAGCGCGUCGCGAGGCCGGACGCGGACGCGGCGCUCAGGGCUCUGGACUCCAAGGUGUCUUCCGCUAUCAUGCACGCGCUGGAGAACCACGUCAUUUUGGAGAAAAAGGUACGGCAAGAAUGCGGGCCGCCAUCCACACUGGACGUCCCCAACCCUGCCUCGUCCUGGUCCACCCCCGGAGCCACGAGACGGGACUCCCUUCGCGCCCCACCGCCUGAUACGGAGCUCCUGCAGUUUGCUGCAACCCUGGCUGCGAGCAAGAAGCUGUUUGCUAGUAUUUCGGAUAGACUGUGUGACCAACCAGACUUCGCAAAUGAGAAUAACGAACAAUGCUGGAAUGGAGAGACUAUAGGAGAAUAUACAAAAGCAUUGGUCGCAUCAGCAUCGUUGAGUGAUCAGAAAUACAAUCCUGAGAUCACCGCGAGCACACACCAAGACUUCAGAGUUGCGGCACUAGGAGAUAGGUUGCGACAAGCACGACAGUUAUUAGUGUCUCAUUCCUGGGGUGGAUCUGCACCCGCGGCGGAAGCUUUCAUGCAAGGAGACGAGGCCGGUGACGAAGGGUCAGGGUCAGGCCGGAGUUACAGUGAAGAUGACGCCGCAUACGAUGCUGAAGGUUCUGGGGAAGAAGGUUCUGGCAUAGAGGAGGAAACAGGCAUCAAAGAAUCGGAGGAAACAACACAUUCUUCUACUCCAAACAUAUCAUCAGCUGCCAGAUUCAGUCCGCUGGUGUCCGUUAUCAUCAGCUUUGCAACAUAUCAGUGUCUGCAUUACUUGAACCAGUUCAGGCCAAUCAAAUGCAUCAGUGGAAUCCUGUGAACGAACUAGGUACAUACUUAAAAAUGUCCAUAUCAUUACGUGUAAAGUGAUUUGAGUGCUACGAGUAUGUGAGGACUUAAUGAGGACUUUUAACAAGAAAUUAUUGAGUAGUAUUAUGUACUAUUGGCUGUAUUUGGAGUAUAUGGAUUAAAGAUCUUUGAAGAUGGAGGCAUAUUAUGUUUGUGAAGAAGGUUGGUAUCGCAAACAUUAAGAUUUACAUGUAAUGUAGUGAAAAUCUUUAGACAAUGAACGAAUAUUUACCUACUACAGCUAUAAUGUCUCCAACUUGUAAACAAUUUGUCACUUUUCUAGUAAUAUGAGAAUCUAAGCAUUCAAGCAAAUUACCCUAUAGUAGUAUCUAUUAUUGGAUGGAGAGAAAUAUGUAGAUUGUAGGUACUACUAAUAGCAGUAAUAAAUGUAGUUCAAGCAGUUAAUAACGAAGUUAUAACAGCUUUACCUAUGUCACUAAGAAGAAUCUCAGAUUUGCUACCGAUUUGUAGCAACUUGAAGUUGAGAACUCUUUUGUAGGUUUAAUUUAAUAGCGGAUGACAAAAGUGUAGAAAUGUAAAAGACAAUUAAUUAUACCAUGAAAAAAAUUAUAUUACUGUGGAAGUAUAAAUUAACAGGAAAUAUAAGUAUCCUGCGUAACUAGUCUAAAACUAGUAUUUAAUUCCAGCUUCCAAAUCAACUACAGAGUUUUAUAGGAUAGAGGUUAUUAUGAAGUCUCUAAUGAAAUAAAAGAUGCAUUUAAAAUAUAUCAUUUUAAUGUGUAAUGUACAGCAUAUCAAAAUGUUUAAUCGAUUUGUAAAUAUAUUCGGGAUUUUUUUAUAGAGUAAAAUGACUCUUUGACGUUAGUCAGUAUCUAUUUGUAAAGGUCAAUAUUAAAUUAAUUAGCGAAACUUUAGAUAGCUUUAGCAUAUCAUGACUACAUCAUAUCGAAAUAAUUAACGAUUAUACAGCAUUCGUCCCUCAAGUUAUACAAUAUUUAACGCAAUAAAAGUAAGGCUACAAAUUAUAAACAUGUUUCGCUUGUUAAUUUAAUAUCCUAAAAUUUUAGUGUUUAACUCGACGUGAAUAUUACGUGAAGAAUCUCUAAUCAAUGUUGAAACUAGCUGAUUGGCAAUAAAUUUAUUAGAGAAUUAUAAAAAUUAGACAUCAGUGAUACAAAAUAUAUAGAAAGGAUUGUACAGUUAUGUAAAUACCCUAAAAUCCUACUGAUCUAGGUGCUUAGCUAGUAACAUGUUUUGUUGCCAUAUUAAUGUUACGAAUAUUAUUAUUUAUAAUUCUAAUUAAGUCAUAAAUUAAUCUAAUAUUAUGUGAUACAGAUUUAGAACGCUUAAGUUAAUGCGAAGUGUACUGCAUUAUUUAUAGUUUAUUUAAAACAAAUAUAUAUUCGCCAACGUCGAUGUAUUAGAAUAUAGGCAUGCACUCCAUAUAGGCAAAACGCACUGCCAACCCUGUCAUUUGAAAUUGCAUUUAGUGCUAAAGAAGAACAACUUAAAAUUUGAUAAAUGUAGACAGAGGAAUUAAGAAAUUAAAUAAGUGUUGCGAUUAAUAUAGUCUAUAUUUAAAAGUUCUAUUUGCCCUUAACAUUGGCCUAGAAACGGUAAUAAAAAUUAAGAGUAACAAAAAAAUUGACUCUUAAAAUAACUUACCUACUUGUAGAAUUAGCUACUGUAAAUGAAACCAUAGGACAUCAUAAGUACAUCAUUUAAUUAACGACCUAUUUAGGCCUAUGUUUUAUUAUUCAUAAUAAUUUGGCGUCAUUUUCUGAAAUAUGAUUUAUAAGUGGAUAAUGGAAUUUAUAAGUUAGGAUGAUCUCUAUUCUUUUACAAUUCGGGAGCUUAAAAUCUAUUGUAGGUAUAUUAGCACUAGGCCCACUAAAGUAUUCCAAUUCGAUUUAUUUAAACUAACCUUUAAUUUCAUAUGAAUUAAAUAUGAGAUUGAAAAACUAUUAUUAUAGUCAUUUUUUUUUGUUAUUUUACCAAAUCUCAUUGUUUUAUAAGACUUUAUUUUGCAUGUUUUAAUUAUUAUUUCAUUUGACGAUGAUUUAAUUUGGCUUAAAUGUAGCAAAUGUUCCAACUUAAUUGCAAUAAUAAAUACGUAAAAGUUAGAAAAUGGAAAUUAUAUUGAUUGUGGUUAAGAUCGCCAUUUAAUGGUUGAUUUGAGAAGUGUUUUGAAUGCGUUGUAAAUUAUUAAAUUGUCGAAGACGGUGAGGAGAAGUGAGGACCAUGCAAGGAAUCUAUCCGAUGUUACUCUUACCGACAUGCAUCAUUCCCAUAUUAAAUGAGUUUUAGGCAAACAAUAUUACGAUUCAUAUUGCAUUACACCUAAUAGACAGACGGUCAAGCGAUAAAACUAAUGAUAUAUAGUGGUAUCAAUAUUUUGUAAUAUAACGUUAAAUAAUGAUAUUAUUUGCGUCUCAAAUAACGUCAAGUAAUUUUAUUUAUUGACGGGAUAACGUGAUAAUUAUUUACUAACCGUUUGAAUCUUGACUAUAAUAUUUAAAACAAUAUUCUAUGGUUGCGACUUGCGGUUAAUGAAAUUAUUAUAUGUGUAAUUAUUGUAUUAGAAAUUGUAGAAAAACAAUUUCAGCAUGAAACUCAUUUAGAUGUUUAAAGAAGGCUCUUUCGCUUAAACUAAAUAAGUAAUUCAUAUAAAAUAGAUUGUUGAAAAAAAAAUAUGUCUCUGAGGCAUAUAUUUUAGAGUAUUGCUUCACUAUUAGAAAUUGUAAUUUAAAAUAGAUAGUUAUUUGCGUGGGUAAGUUAACACGAAAUGGAUCCCUAAUCUAUUGUAAAUAUCAUUGGACAGAUAGUGUGUUUAUAUUAUGAAAAAUAAAUUCUGUACCAUACAUUA